AUGAGGAGCCGGGCGAGGGCGGCGCUGUUGGGCGCGCUGGGCGGCGCGGAGCUGCUCGUCAGCGCGGUCGUCCACCUGGGCUACGCCUUCUACAUCUUCGGCACCGCCGUCAUCGCCGACGUCUCGGCCUCCCUCGUGAAGGCCCUGAUGGCCGGCGGAAAGGGCGGCGUGGCCAAGGGCGUCGCCGUCGAGGGCGAGGACGAGGCCGCGGCGGUGCUGGACGGGGCCGUGCCGCCCAUCGUGCUGGUGCACGGCAUCUUCGGCUUCGGCAAAGGCAGGCUGGGCGGGCUGUCGUACUUCGCCGGCGCGGAGAAGAAGGACGACCGGGUGCUGGUGCCGGACCUGGGCUCGCUCACCAGCGUCCACGACAGGGCCCGGGAGCUCUUCUACUACCUGAAAGGCGGGCAGGUGGACUACGGCGAGGAGCACAGCCGGGCGUACGGGCACUCCCGGUUCGGCCGGACGUACGCGCGAGGCCACUACCCGGUGUGGGACGAGGAGCACCCGGUGCACCUGGUGGGCCACUCGGCCGGCGCGCAGGUGAUCCGCCUGCUGCAGCAGAUGCUCCACGACGGCGAGUUCGAGGGGCACCGCGACACCUCGGAGCGCUGGGUGCUGAGCGUCACCUCCCUCUCCGGCGCGCUCAACGGCACCACGCGCGCCUACAUCGACGGGAUGCGCGCCGACGACGACAACUGGCGGUCGCUGCGGCCCGUGUGCCUCCUCCAGAUCUGCCGCGUCGGCAGCGUGCUCUACCACUGGCUGGACCUCCCCUGGCUGAAGCGCUACUACGACUUCGGCUUCGACCACUUCGGCAUGUCGCGGCGCCUCGUCGGCGUGGCGGGCCUCGCGGACCUCCUGCUCGGCGGCAACGGCAACGGCAAGCGAGGGCCCUUCGCCACGGGGGACUGGAUUCUGCCGGACCUUACCAUUCAGGGCGCCGCCAGGAUCAACGCACGGGUGCGCACGUUCCCGGGCACCUUCUACUUCAGCUACGCCAGCCGCCGCACCGCCAGGGCGCCGGGCGGCGGCGGCGGCGGCGCCACCGUGCCGUCCGGGGUGACGACGAUCCACCCGCUGCUCUUCGUCCGCGUCCUGCAGAUGUGCCGCUGGCGCUACCCCGCCGGCGCCGCCCACCCGCCGUAUCCGGGGUACAGGGACGAGGACUGGGAGGACAACGACGGCGCGCUCAACACCUUCUCCAUGACCCACCCGAGGAUCCCCGUCGAGCAUCCCAGCGUCCAGGUGGAGAACGAUGAGGAUUGCCAUCCGCUGCGGCCAGGGAUCUGGUACUACAAGGUCGUGGAGGCGGACCACAUGACGUUCGUCAUCAACCGGCGGCGAGGAGGCGUGCAGUUCGACCUCGUCUACGACAGCAUCUUCCACAACUGCCGGAAGCACGUCUUCCGGACUGCCCCGCCGCCGACGCUUCCGGAUCAGAGCUGA